GGAGGUCAAAAUAACCAAAAUACGUUUUCUAGUUUUUGAAUACCGGCGUAUUAUAAAAACGAAUAAUUACCUGAAUUAAAACAAGAACUAAAAAUGUUUCUUUGUAAGCUUUCGCGAAUGACACGUUUUAAUGUCGACAGAAUGUUUUGCAGUGAUCCAGGAAGAAUCGAAAAAACGGUAAAUACGGUUACGCUACUAGGUCGUGUGGGUGCAGAUCCUCAGAAACGUGGUAAUGAAUCGCAUCCUGUCGUUACAUUUUCACUGGCUACACAUUCCAACUACAGGUACGAGUCUGGCGACUGGAUCCAAAAAACCGAUUGGCAUCGGGUUGUGGUAUUCAAACCCGCAUUGCGGGAGUCUGUAAUUAAUUAUCUACGUAAAGGUCAAAGAACAAUGGUAACCGGAAAAAUAAAUUAUGGCGAAAUCACUGACCAAGAGGGUAAACAACGAUCAACUACAAGCAUAAUCGCCGAUGAUGUUAUUUUUUUGCAAAAUUUAAAUCAGUCAUAGAAUUAACAUCUAUUUAGUAAGAAUAAAAUAUA